GUUAGUUUCCAAAGCUGCCACACCAAACCCCACAAAAAAAAAAUCUCCAUAACCUUGCUACCAACCAAAAUCCACGAUUUCAAAACAACACCCUUUUCAAUCCUUUAUCUCAAUCCUUUCAAAAAUUCACACCCCACAUAUUUUUUCUCAUUUUUCCCCAACUGGGUUUUUCGUAAAAAUUCUGAUUUGGUCAGAUUUUUAUUCAUUUAUCUAUAACAGUUUGGCCUAUGUUUUCUUUUUCUUCUGUAAAGCCAUGAAUUUCAGGAGCUUGGAAGAGUUCUGGGCUUUUUACAUGACCCAACAUUCAAAGCCAUCAACAAGGCGCUGGCACUUUGUGGGGACCCUCUUGAGCAUCUUUUUCUUGCUCUGUUCAUUUCUAUUCAGCUGGUGGUUCUUGUUCUUUGUGCCUUUCUCAGGGUAUGGAUGUGCAUGGUACAGUCACUUCUUUGUUGAAGGCAAUGUUCCAGCCACUUUUGGUCACCCAUUUUGGUCACUACUUUGUGAUUACAAGAUGUUUGGUUUAAUGGUUACUGGUCAAAUGGAUAGAGAGAUAAAGAGGCUUGGUAAAAGGCCUGUGCUUCAGGUCUUUUGAUUUUUCUAAAGUUUUAUCUUCUUUACUGUGGCUUGGUCCCUUGCUGUUGAGGUUUUUCAAAGAUAUGACUUCUGAAAUUUAAAGUGUUUCGGAUCACUGAUGAGUUCGUACACAAUUGUCGGUGGAAAGAGUGGUGCCUUGGGGUUGGCUUACCGGUCUUUGAGGCGAAAAAGUGUGUGAAUGUUCAAACAAUCAAAUACUUAUGAAGUGCGAGUGACAACAAUGUUUUGGACUUAACUGAUCACAUUUAAUCUGUGAUGUCUUGGUGUUUUCAUGAUCCAUAUAUGUAAAUUGAAAACCGAAACAUUUGAUGCUACUUGCUAGCAAUACUUUCGCCUAAAUUCAAUAAAACAUGGUAUUAUCUUGA